AAAUUAAAAUAGAAUCGUCCAAUUGAGUACUCUGAAUUCUUCUAUAAAUAAUCGAUGAUUGGAUAUCACGAUUUGACUUAAUUUUACUGAAUGUAAACCUAUUAUAAGCAGUGACAUUAUAAGUGCAAGUUAUUGGACAAAGCAAUGAGAUUAGAGUGAAAAAAGGAGAGGAAAACUACGUCAAAUUGACAGAUGAGUUGUGUUUUUUUUUGUUUUGUCACGUGUAAACGACUUGAAAUUAUAACCAAAUUAAUACAACCUUAAUUUUAUUACUGUGAAAGUUUGAUGGAAAUGUUAUUAAAAAAACAUUGUAUCUUAAGUGCCUGGGAAAGAAUGACACGCAUCUAACGGUGAAGAUAAUAGAAGUCUUAAAUCUACGAGUGCAAAGGGGGGCUUGUUUAUUAGAUAAAAAAAAUACUAGUGAAUGUGGACGAUUGGUGAUGAGUCCUAAAUAAUGAAUUCUAAAACGUUUUCCUAGAAUUUAAUCAUCAUAUUAGUAUAAAGAAUAGGUGAAGGUCUUUUUUUUGCACUUAUGUAUACGUCUUAUUAUUAUUUGUUAUAUUCAUAUCACUUUACGUAUCUGCUUUACCAUCAUCUCAACAGCUAAUGUUUUUCUUUUAAUUGAUAUUCAGUUAAUUAAAUUAAAUUCAAGAUCGUGGCUCAUACUUUUGUUAAUGUAUUUUUAUUCGUCUUUACCACGUUUCGUAUCAAAACGAAUGAUCAUGGAUUACGCUAAUUUAAUGCUUUAAACUAAGAAGACAGCCCAUUUAAAAAUAUACACUAGAAUACUUGGUAUACCUAUGUAUAUUUAUAAAGCCUUAAUAAGUACGUGUAAGGAAUAAUUAAAUAGUGAUCAAUAAAAAAUACUUUUUGACAACUGUCGACUUCAAGAAGGUGAGAAAUUUCCAUUAUUCUACUCUACAUUGAUUUUGGUCAUCCAAAGAUAUAAUUCAACUUUUCGAUACAUCGAUACAUCUUAAUUCAACAAUAAACAUGUCGUCUCCAAGUGCAGGCAAACGACGCAUGGAUACUGAUGUUAUUAAAUUAAUUGAAAGUAAACAUGAAGUAACAAUCUUGGGAGGACUCAAUGAAUUCUCUGUUAAAUUUUAUGGACCUCGAGGAACUCCUUAUGAAGGAGGUAUCUGGAAAGUGCGAGUUCAUUUACCUGAACAUUAUCCAUUUAAGUCACCAUCAAUUGGAUUUAUGAACAAAGUUUAUCAUCCAAACAUUGAUGAAGUAUCGGGAACUGUAUGUCUUGAUGUGAUAAAUCAAGCAUGGACAGCUCUUUACGACUUAUCUAAUAUUUUUGAGUCUUUCUUACCACAAUUAUUAACAUAUCCUAAUCCAAUUGAUCCAUUAAAUGGAGAUGCUGCAGCAAUGUAUCUUCAUAAGCCAGAAGAAUAUAAGAAAAAAGUAGCAGAUUAUGUAAGGAAAUAUGCAACAGAAGAAGCCCUAAAAGAUCAAGAAAACGGUGGUAAUGGCAAUACAGUGUCAUCGGAAAGUGAGUCGUCCAUGAGUGAUUACAGUGAAGAUGAGGCACAAGAUAUGGAGUUGUAACCAAACAUUGAUCAUUUAUCAUUCUUCCGAUACAAUAUCUUGUGAAAUCUGGGUAAUUUGGUCAUUUAAAUGAGCACACAAUAUGUAAAGUAGAUACCAAUUGCAUUCACGUCUACGACUGUAUCUCGUGGUCUGGUGCUAUUUAAGAAUUCGCAAUGAUUAAUUAAAUUAACAUUGUCACUCUAUUAUUCUUGAUAAUCACUAUGAUGAUCAGUAAAUGCCUCAUGAUUCAUUUAUCAAUCAACUGAAUUAUUAUAUAUAAUCUUAUAAUUUCAAUACACAAUGUUCAACAUUUUAUAAACAAUUGGCAAUAAUUCAUUUUAUUUUUUAAAGAUCAAUUUUUCUUAUAAAAUUACUUUAAUAAUAUUAUUUCGCUUUUAAUUGAAUAAUAGUGUUUGAUUGGUAAAAUUAAUGUAUGUGGUAUUUCAAAUUUCUUAAGGUCAAAGUACUAGAUGUAAUUGCUUAGACAAUAUACAAAAUAUAAAAGCGUUAUAAAUAUUCUUCAAAAAUGAUUAAAUCAAUAAAAAAAUUUUUUUUUAUAUAAAGCUAACAAAAUUUCCACUAUAUAUGCAUGAUUAAUAAUUAUCACAAAAUAUAUCGAACAUUGAGUUAAGUAGACUUUUCAUAGAUUUGUAAGUAUUUCGUGAUUAUAUUUUUAAUAAUGUCGUAUUACGUUAAACGAUAUUUACAAUUAUUACAGUUACGUGUUAUUCAUUAAUAUCAAACAAUUUUUUUGGCAAUUAUAAAUGAAUUAAAGAAAACAAAACUACUUAUUUUUUGGUACAAGUUUUAAAGUCAAUACAAAAACCAAAAAUAUCUUGACAAAUCUAUUUUUUAAUUUAUUGUUAUUCAAUCAAAACAAACACGUAAUAAU